ACUGUUUUUGUUCGUAUAAAUUUUAUGUUAGUUUUGCCGUUACAACAUGCGUUUGAUAUCGCAAAUACGAAGAGCAUCAACGCAAGUAGCACGCCGGCGUGUGGUUAUAACAGGUAGUGGCGCAGUGACACCAUUGGGUAAUAAUGUGUCCGAGUCGUGGCAGCGUUUGGUGGCGGGUGAAUCCGCAAUUUCCAAACUGGGUGCGGAAUUCAAGGGCCUGCCUUGUCAAGUGGCGGCACAAAUACCAAGGGAACGCAUUCAGAUAGACAAACAUCUGAGCAAAAGUGAUAUCAAACUCAUGAGUCCUGCCACGCAGUUAGCGAUCAUUGCAGCCGAUGAGGCUCUGGCCGCCGCAAAGCUGAAGCCCAGCGAACUGAGUGAAGAGCAGCGGGAACGUUUUGGUGUCUGCGUGGGCAUGGGCAUGUUCGAUCUAGCCGAGGUCUAUGGAGCAUUUCAGCAGCUGCAGCGCGGCUACAAUCGUGUUAGUCCAUAUUUUGUGCCUCGCUUGCUGCCGAACAUGGCGUGUGGACACAUCAGCAUGCGACAUGGCCUGCAGGGACCAAAUCAUUCAGUGUCAACAGCAUGCGCAACCGGCGCACAUGCCAUUGGUGAUGCCCUGCGCUUUAUACGGAACGGCGAUGCUGAUCUCAUGCUAGCCGGCAGUGGGGAGGCCUGCAUAGACCCCCUAUCGAUAGCCGGCUUUUGUAGGCUGCGCGCCCUCAGCACUACGUUCAAUGAUAACCCCGCCGUGGCCUCGCGACCUUUUGAUAAAGCGCGUGACGGAUUUGUGAUGGGUGAAGGUGCCGCAGUGCUGCUUCUGGAAGAGCUGGAGCAUGCCCGUGCUCGCGGUGCACCCAUAUUGGCCGAGAUACUAGGCUACGGCUUGUCCGGUGAUGCACACCACAUUACGUCGCCUAGCGAUGAUGGCGCUGGCGCAACGUUGGCCAUGAAGCGUGCCAUCGCAGAUGCCGGCGUCGCGGCCCAGGACAUUAGCUAUGUCAAUGCCCAUGCCACAUCCACGCCCACCGGCGAUCGUAUUGAGGCGCAUGCCAUUGGCCGUGUCUUUGGCGAUCAUUUACCCAAGGUGUUUGUAUCCUCGACCAAGGGCGCACAUGGACACCUGCUUGGCUCCUCGGGCAAUCUGGAAGCACUGUUCGUAGUGCAUGCGUGCGCAGAAAACCGAUUGCCGCCCUCGAUCAAUGUUGAUCACCUGGACGUGGAUGUAAAUGUGGUGACCAAAUCGUGCAAAUGGUCAGAGGAUCAAUCGGUACAACGCAUUGCGCUCAAGAACUCCUUUGGCUUCGGUGGCACCAACGCCUCCCUCUGCAUUGCCAGCUACACUGGAAAAUAAUAUAUUUAUAUAUGUUUAAAUACAA